AUGGAACAUCCCGCUUUCACUUUAGGUUUACUGACCGCUGCAGGCGGUUUCAUGGGCUAUGCCCGUAAGGGCUCAGUCCCCUCUCUUGUCGCUGGUUUGGUGUUCGGUAGUGUCUACGGAUACGCAGGAUACUUGCUACACCAUAACCGCGACAAUGGUUUAGAGAUUGCUUUGGGAGCCUCCUUAGUUAUGUUAACCACUGGUGUAGCCAGAGGGAUCCCUUCCAGAUUCCGUAAACCAGUUCCCCUCACUUUAACAGUCUUGGGAUCCCUAGGUUCCUUCUAUUACUACAACAAGUACAAGGAAUUUUACCCAUAG